ACUAAGAACAGGAAAAAUAGGAAACUUUGAAGCGCUGUACCCGCCCAAUAGUUGUGACACGUAAUCUGGGGUCUCCUACGCUCCGCGUUUGUGCGCUUCCUGGUUAGAGGAGACGGCAACUCCUGAUUAGAGGGACUGCAUAGCUGUCGGAUACUGACAUCAGAUACCCAACUGACUGGCCGAUGCACUGUGCCCGGGAGGUGGAUAAAGCCCACUCCUGGAGAGGUCACCUUUCAAGAGGAGAACUGGCCAGUUUCUAGUUGACUUGACCUUGGAUCCCCUGCCGAGAGCCCUAGCAGCUGUGGCCCCCUUCCGAGUUUGAGGGCGGCGUGGGGGGAGAUGAGGAAGAGGCGGCACCCGGGAAAAGAGGCGGCAUGAAGAACAUGACAGAGGAGGGAAUCAUUAACUGCACCAUCAGUCACGAGAUCCACCAGUACCUGUUUUCGUGGGUCUACAUCCUGGUCCUUCUGAUCGGCUUCCCCGCCAACGUGUACUCGCUGUACCACGCCUGGCAGCAGCUGCGGGCGCGGAACGAGCUGGGCAUCUACCUGCUCAACCUGACCGUGUCCGACCUGCUCUACCUGGCCUCCCUGCCCCUCUGGCUGCAGUACAUCUUCAAGGGCGAUGACUGGGAACACAAGGAGUGGCUCUGCAAGCUCUGCGGGUUCCUGCUCUACGAGAACAUCUACAUCAGCAUCGGCUUCCUCUGCUGCAUCUCCAUCGACCGCUACCUGGCCGUGGUCUACCCCUUCCGCUUCUCCGGGCUCCGCAGCAUGCGGGCCGCCACCGCCGCCAGCGCCUUCAUCUGGCUGAAGGAGGUGGCGGUGGGUGUGGUCUUAUUCCACCGCAAGGAGCUGAGCACGGACCGGACCAACCAGUCGGUGUGCUUCGAGCACUACCCGAUGGCGGACUGGGAGCGCCCCAUCAACUACUACCGCUUCUUCGUGGGGUUCCUCUUCCCGCUGGGCAUCCUCUCGGCCUCGUACUUCCGCGUCCUGCGGGCGGUGAACAAGAGCACCGGCACCCAGAGCGCCCAGAAGACCCGCAUCAAGCACCUGGUGACCAGCACCAUCGUCAUCUUCCUGGUGUGCUUCUCGCCCUACCACCUGUUCCUGCUGAUGCGCACGGUGCUGGAGAGAGCCUGCCCCUUCAUCGAGGCCAUCUUCAACUACUACCACUUCUCGCUCAUGCUCACCAGCUUCAACUGUGUGGCCGACCCGGCGCUCUACUGCUUCGUGGGCGAGUUUGCCCAGCGCGAGAUGCUGUGGGCCCGCCAGGCCUGCAACCGGGUGCUCUGCUGCGGCCCCGCCGCCGCCUCCGCCGCGCCCAGCGGGAACGGGACCUGCGAGGCCACGCCGGUGCAGGAGUCCGAGGAGAUGGGCGUGGUCGCACCAAACAAGGGGCGGGGCGAGGGCACGGACGGACAGGACGAGGAGGUGGAUGACCGCCCGUGGGACAAAUCAGAUCUGGUCUCAGACCAAAGGACCACCAUCUUGUAGGAUUUGUCGCUUUAUUUAUUCGGUAUUCUUUUUUUUAGUUUUUGAAGGAAAAAAAGGGUGUAAAACGUAUCAUUUGGAUUAAAGUGAGGAGUGGAGUACAAGAGGAGGACUGGCCUCCCCUGAUGGCUGCAGCUACAGGAGUUUCUGGUCACCCCAGAAAGGAAUCCUGCAUGUCUUUGACCAAACCCUGCUUUUUUGCUGUAUUUAUUCAAUUUGUCAACAACAUUGUCAGGCAAAGUUUACAAACACUUUAGAUUUUUUACCCAAAAAUUGAAGUCAUUGAAGAAUAUUAGCUUGAUAUUAGUUUAUUAGUUUCCCACCACAGCAAUGUCUCCUUUUAUAACACCCAUUUACAUUAUUUGGUCAAUUGCAAACAAAGAAUCCUGCCCAGAGUUCUUUGUCCUCUGCCAGUGCAACACAAUAUAAUUUUGAAACCAGACCAAAUGCUUUUUGUAUUAGACAAUAUCUUUGCAGCAACUGGUGUGCACUAGUGUCUGGGAAAUCUAUACUGACACAGAAGGAAUACCCAGAUGUACUAAUCUGUCCCUGCUUGGCAGAGAUGAGUCUAAUAUUGACUCAGGAUAUGGCUAUUAAAGUCCACACGAACCUACCCUGUGACAAUUCAAACAAGUGGUGUGGAUCCCCCAAAGAGGGAGAAUUCAGGUAUCAUUCAGGUAUCUCAAGAAAGAAAUAUUCUAAUUUAUUUUUCAUCAAGAUACAGAUGUUAUCGAGCUAUUAUAGAAAUGAAUGUGCAUUUGUAACCCAUUAGCUUGCAGGCCUCGACAGCACCCAGUCUCCAGGUCGUUUUUUUACUUGCUUUAGGGUCGAAAUGCAGUGAAAUGAUAUGACUGAAGCCUUUAACAAACCCAAAAUCAUGUUACUGUCUUUCCUAUUUCCGGCUAAUUCUGGCAGUACUUUGCUUGCUUAAGCUCAAGUUCCACAGCAGACAUUAAAAACCAUUUUGGGGGCAGGGGUAGGGUAGGGAAGCAAGCAGCGUAGUGAGCUAUGCG